AUGGAUACUGUUAAACCAAAAGAAAUUAAGCAUAUUAAAAAUAAAGAAGAAUCAUAUAUCAAAAGUAAUAUUCAAAAUGCAGACAAUUGCAUAAAUAUAAAGGAAGCAGAUAAUCAUAAAAGUAUUAAUAAUAACUGUAAAUCCUUACUAAGGGGAAAUGAAACUAAUCUAAUUGAUAAUUCAAACUACAAUAAUUAUUCAUAUAAUUUUACAAGUCAUAGAACUUACAAUCAAAAUAAAAUCGAUAAUAAUCAUAACGUCAAUGAUAAAUAUUAUAAAAUGUAUCAUAAUGAAAAUAAUCAUGAGAAUGUAGGGAAAGCUAACAAUUUCAAAAAUAAUAAUUGCUAUAAUGGGGAUUAUACAAAAUGCAAUAGAAAAAAUAAUAAAAAUAAUAAUUAUAAUGGUUCUAGCAAUUAUAUUGCAUUAAAAACAGUUGAAAAGGAUUUUAAUUCAAAAGAACAUAUUGAAUCAUCAAAAAAAAUUCGAAGUAAUACAAUGAUUAGUGAAAUACACAAUGUUAAAGAGCAUAUCAACAAUGAAAUAAUAACAAAUAAUAGUGUAAACAGAAAUGAUAACGAAGAUCAAAAUUUAAAAAAAACAAUUAGUAGAAACAAUAAAAAAUUAUCUGUGAAAUCAAUAACAUCAAAACAUAACAAAAGUUAUAGUUAUUUACAGGAUGAUAUGUUGUCAAAUGACAAUCAAGACAUUUUUCCAACAAAACAUAAGAAGAAAAACCGCUUUCGCAAUUAUAACAACUAUAAAAAUAAUCCAAACUAUUUUAACAAUUCAAUGAAUGAUAGAAACUCUAAUUAUUUUAACCUUAGUUACUACAGCUAUAAUAACAAUAAUCAUAGGGAAAAUAAUAAUUUCCAUUAUAAAAAUAAUUAUGAUGUCAGUAACUAUCAUCAUAAUUAUAACAAUUAUGUUAAUAUAAACUUAUAUGAUAAUAAAAUUAAAAAUGAAAAUAUUUAUCACGGAAAAAAAAAAAAUAUAGUACGUAACGCAAGCACAAAUAAUAAAAACACUAGUAACAAUGACAAUAAUAGUAAUAUUAAUAAUGAAGAUAAUAAUCAUGUUACUUAUGUUGGGGUUGAUAAUAGUAACAGUGACACUACUACUACUACUACUACUAAUAAUAAUAAUAAUAAUAGUAAUAAUGAUAAGAAUAAUAAUAAUAAUACUAAUAAUAAUAGUAAUAGUAAUACUAAUAAUAAUGGCAAUAAAAAUAACAAUGAAAAUAAUAAUACUACUACUACUACUACCACUAAUAAUAAUAAUAAUAAUAAUAAUAAUAAUAAUAAUAAUAAUAAUAGAAAUAAUAAUAAUGACAAUAAGAAUUACAAUGAAAAUAAUAAGAAUAAUAAUAAUAAGAAGAAGAAUAAGAAUAAGAAUAAUAAUAAUAAUAAUAAUACUAAUAAUAGUAAUACUAAUAAUAGUAAUACUAAUAAUAAUGACAAUAAGAAUAACAAUGAAAAUAAUAAUAAUAAUACUUCUACUACAAAUAAUAUUAAUAAUAAUAAUAAUAAUACUAAUAAUAGUAAUACUAAUAAUAAUGACAAUAAGAAUAACAAUGAAAAUAAUAAUAAUAAUACUUCUACUACAAAUAAUAUUAAUAAUAAUAAUAAUAAUGCUAUUAAUAACGACAAUAAGAAUAACAAUGAAAAUAAUAAUAAUACUACUGCUACUAUUAUUACUACUACUACUACUACUAAUAAUAAUAAUAAUACUACUACUAAUAAUAAUAGUAAUAAUAAUUACAAUGUGAAUAACAAAGAAAAUAGUAAUAAGAAUACUACUACUACUACUACUACUAAUAAUAAUAAUAAUAAUGGCAAUGAAAAUAAUAAGAAUAAUAAUAAUAAUAAUAAUACUACAAAUAAUAAUAGUAAUAAUAAUGACAAUAAGAAUAACAAUGAAAAUAAUAAGAAUUAUAAUAAUAAUAAUAAUAAUAAUGAAUGUGAUAUUACAAAUAAUCAUGAUAUGUGUAAUCCUAGUAAUAAUGAUAAAAAUACUAAUAAUAAGGAAAUAAAAAAAAAUGAUAAUUAUAUAAAUAAAAGAUACGUUCACACUUUCAUAUACAAAAGCAAUAGAAAAAAUAUAGAAAGAAGCGUUGAUAAUGAAAAUAGAAAUGUCACUAAAGAAAAUUUUAGUGAACAGUUAGAUAGUAAUAAAAAUGGUGAUAAAAAUAAUGAUACUCAUAAUAAAAAAAUAGAUAACUACUCUAAAAUUAAUAAUCGUAAAUUUAUUAGGAAUAAUAAUAAUUAUAGUAAUAUGAAAGACGAAAAGUUUAAUAAUAUAAAUACAUACAAAAAUAUAAACUUUAUAACUAAUUAUCAAAAUUUUGUUCAUACUAAUGAAGAAAAUAAGCAACUUUAUGGAAAUUAUUUAUUAUACACAUAUGAAAAAAACAAUAAUACUAAGAAAGAAAUGUUUAAUGGAUAUUAUAAUAAUCUGCAAAACUCAAAUUACAAAUAUUCCAAAAAAAAUAUUUUUACUCAUAAUAAUAUGAAUGAUGAUUUCAAAGAUAGCAAUAAAUAUAGGGAUUAUAGAAUUAAACAAAAUGCAAACGAUAAUUUAAAUGAAAUUGAAGAACAAAGAAGAAAGUACAAUAUAAAAGAAAUAAAAAAUAUGGAAAAAACAAAAAACAAUUGUAAUAAAAAGAGUGAUGUUAAUGUAGAAAACUAUGAAGUUACAUUAAAUAGUGAUAAAAUAAAAAAUUGCAAUACGAAAAAUUAUAAUGAUAAUAUACAGUAUGAUAAAAAUUUACAUUGUGAAAAUUUAAAAAAUUAUGAAAGUAUAAAACUUUAUGGUAAUUUUAAAAAUUACAAUGAAAAAGCAAAUAUAAAAAAAAAUAUAUCAAAGGAUUAUAACAGUACUUGUGAUAUAGAAAACACUUUUAUGAAAGAUAAUAAUUUUGAUAAUAGUAAUAAUUUAAGCGAAAAUCAUACGAGAAACAAUUCAUAUUAUGGAACAAAUAAUUUUUUUAAUGAUUCUUACAAUCUUAAUGCAAAUAAAAAAUAUGCAUAUAGAAAUAAUGAUGAAGUUUCCUAUUCUAAUAAGAUGGACAUUAAAUAUCAGGUAAAAAAUAAACAAGAAAUUGAAAAUCUUAAAAUUAAUUCAUUUAAAAAUAAAAGGGAAAUAGGUAACAACUUAGAAUGCAAUGAAAACAAUGCAAACAAACAAAAUAAUGAAACUUUUUUAUGCCAUAUGUAUGAUAUAAAUAAUGCAGAUAUUCAAGUUCCUGUCUCUACAAGUUCAACAAAUAAAUUAAUACCUGACCUAAAAAAAGAGACUAUUCAUUGUGAAUUAGUAAAAAGUUCUGAUAAUAAUAACAAAAAUAUAACAUAUAUUUCAAACAGCACAAUUAACAGUUAUAAAGAGGAGUUAGUUUGUCAUAAAGGAAAUUAUAAUUAUGAUAAAUAUUCUCCAAUGUUAACACCUAAUUGUUCUAAAACUAAAUACAGUAAAAACGUAAGUUCAAAUGAGAACUUCAAAAGUGAGUCUAAUCUAUAUAAUGAAGAAAGGAACAAAAAUAUAAAAGCACUUAAAAUUAAUUUUCAUGAAAAGGAUAAAUAUCUAAUAGACAAUAGAGAAUCGAGAAAUUUUAUACUUCUUGAUGAUAAAAAAGAAAAAAAUAAUGAUCAAAAAUUAAUACAAAACCGUUUUAGAUGUAGAUCAGAAAAUAUGCAUUAUAAAAAAAAAAAUUUUAAAAAUCUUGAAAUAUCCAUGAUUAAACCACAUAUGAUGAAGUUCGAACAGUCCAUUAAUAUAGAAGGUUUUCGAAAAAUACUAAAAAAAAUAUUAAUUAACUAUGAAGAAGAUUUACCAGAUUAUUAUGCUGAUAAUUCAAAUAAAUCUCUUUACGUAAAUACGAAAAACAAGUAUUAUUGUGAUAAAAGCACCCACACAUACUUAAUUAAUGAGAAUAAAAUUAAGAAAAAUUCAUAUAUUAAUGAAAGCAGCGAUAAUGAAGAGAAUAUAUAUAUAUUAAGUAACAAGGAAAAUAUAUUAGAAAAAAAUUGUAAUUAUGAGAAAAACAAUGAUAAUAUUUUAUCAUGUAAUGAUAGCACUUUUUAUUUAAAUAAGAAUGCAAAAUUAAAGAAGAUAAUUGAUGAUAUUAAUAUGUUUUGUUAUAAUUCUCAUGAUAAUGAUUCAACACAUUAUGCUGAUAGUGACUAUAGUAUGAAAGCAAAGAACACUUUUCUUUGCAUAUUUAAGGAAACAUUUUAUCCUACAAAUAUUUUCAAUAGAAAAAUUAACUUAUGUGCACAAAAGCAAUCUAAUGCCACUUUCGAUAAAUUGUAUUAUAAAAUAAGAGAUGAUUCGAAUAUAUUGAAAGCAAAUAAGUGUCUAAUUAAUGUUGAUAACUGUAAUAGCUAUAGUUGUUUUAUUGACAAUAUAAAUAAGAAUAAAUGCAAACAUAACAAUUACAAAAAUUGUGACUAUAAUGAUAAUUAUAAUAAAUCAUUAGAUAAUGGAACGGAGAAUAACGAUAACAAACAUAAUAUAAAUAAUAUAUCAGAUAACGAUAAUUUGAAAUUAGAAACACGAAAUUAUUUAUAUAAUGAAAGCAGUGUAUUGUACAAAAAAUACGGCAACAAUUAUGAGAAAAAUAUAAUUCACAAUGGUAAUGAUAAAAAUUUAUGCAAAAAUAUGUCUUAUUUUAGUAGAAAUUAUCCUAAUAAUAAUUUUUAUAUGGUUGAUCAAGAUAAUCGGGAUUUUAUGAAUGUAAAUAUUCAUUAUAAUGACACUAAUAAGAAUAAAGCCCAAAAAUCAAAUUAUCCUAUUAAUAACAAUAAUGAUUUAUAUAAAUGGAAGAGUAAUAAUUAUUAUAAUCAGUAUGACAACAUUGAUAAUAUAUGCCCAAAUGUAAACGCCAAUUGGAACAAUAAUUACAUAAAUUAUGUCAAUGGUAAUAUUAUUAAUGCUUCAAAUUUCAAUAUAAAUCAGAUAACAUCUAAUAGGAACUAUAAUAAUAAUAAUAAUAAUAAUAAUAAUUAUUGUAACUUAAAGAAUAAUUAUAAUGAUACUUUUAAAAAUAAAAAUACAAAUAUGAAUAGCAAUUAUUUUAACAUGAGUUCAAUGAGUAACAAUGAAAGUAAUAACAAUAGAAAAUAUUUAUGUAAUAGCAGGAAAAAUAAGUAUAAUGAGAGUAGUUGUAAUUUAAAUGAUGGAAAAAUUACAAGUUUUUGUAAUAAUAAUAACAAUAAAAAAAAGAAAAGAAAAAAUUUAUAUGUGAAUAAUUACUUAAAUUAUUACAAUAAUUACCAUUAUAAACAAAUGUAUAAUAAAAAUAAUAAUUUUAACCAUAUGAGUAAUUAUAAUAUGUCUUAUUAUAAUGAAAAUAAUUCCGAACAAAAAAAUAUAAAUUUUAACUUUUCAUCAAGUGAGCAGAAGCAAACAGUAAAUAAAAAGUAUACAAAUGGCAAUAUUAUAUAUAACAAAAAUUCAGAAAAUGAAUUACUCUUUGGAAAUAAUAGUGAAGAAAAAGAAAAAAUAGAUGAUGAAAUUUACAAAAUAUAUAAUGAAAGAGAUAGUAUAAUAAAAAAGGACAAAACUAAUUUAAUGCUGGUGAAAUAUAAUACUAAUGAAAAUCUCAAAAGCGAUUCGGAGAAAAAGGGAAAAUAUAUUGAUAAAAAUGAAAAAGAAAUAAAUGAAAUUAAGGAAAAACAGAAAAAUGAAUUACUAAAUGAUUUAAUAAAAAAUGAAAAAACAAUAGAGAAAAAUCAAAUUAAUUUUAAAAAAAAAGACCAAGAAAAUGAAGAGUAUAAAAAUAAUAAAAAAAAGGAUGAAAAAAGCAUGUUUACAAAAAAAGAAAAAGAAGUCAAAAAAAGAAAAAAAAAAGAGGAAUCAAAUGAUUAUAUUCUUAAAAAAGAAGUAUAUUUUGAUGUUUAUACUAAUAAAAAAGAUAAAAAUGAAUUAAGUGAAAAGGAUGAAAAAAAAAAUAAUUUAGAUAAAGACGCUUCUAUGCAUAUUUCAAAUAAUGAUAAAAGUUCAAAGAACAAAAAAAAAAAUUUUGUUUCUAAUUCAGUAAAUGAAGAAUAUUUAUUAAAUAAAGAAACUGAUCAAUUAGAUAAAUUUAGUCAUCAAGGUAAAGAAGAUGGUAUAAAAAAAGUGUUAAAAAAUGAUAACGUAAAGAAAAAGGAUAAUACAGAGAUAAGUAAUAUAACAUAUAGUCAAUUAAACUUUCAAGAAACAAAGAAUAAUAAUAAAAAUUAUUUAUCGUAUGAAAAAAUUAAUAAUAAUAUAAAUUUUCAUAAAAAUAAUUCGAAAAAAAUUAUUAAAAAAAAUAAUAACAGAAUAUACAGCGAUAAUUUUUAUUCUAGUGUUAAUAUAAAGAAUUUUAUAAAGAAUAAAGAUGGUAAUAUUUCAAAAAAAGAAGAUAUUAAUGUUACCUCUAAUAUAAAAAGAGAAUAUAAUGAUUAUUAUAAUCAAAUUAAUAAUGAUGAUACAUAUAAUGAAGAAGAUAAUAAUAAUUAUAAUAAAAAUGUUGUUAAUAAUUAUUAUACAUAUAAUAAUAAAAUAAUAUAUAAUUCACAUGAUAACUGUAAUAAAGACAAUUUAACAAACAGAAAUAAUGAUUUUUUUUUUGAUAACAAAUCAUAUGUAAAUAACUCUAUAUCAAAUGAUGAAUUCUUUGUUUGUUCCCAAAAAAACUUACAUUCAAAUAAUAAUAAAAACAUGAAUUAUUAUGAUUCUCAUGAAUAUGAUAAAACUAACAAUAAUAAUGGCUACAAUAAAAAUAAUUUUGAUCAAAAUAUAAAUAGUAAAAGUAAUUACUACAAAUUAAAUAGGAAUAACAAAAAUAGAAACAAUAAAAUUGUAUUUUUAAAUAAUUACAAAAAAACAUAA